AAAAACUUUCAACUAUUUCUAUUUCUUCUGUGACAUUUAAGAGGCUUUCAAGGUGCACUGUACCUCUCAGACCAGAUCUUAGUCGUAGAGGAAAUCUGAUCUGCUGCAGCACGGAAACAUCAGCCGUGGGAUGGCGAGACAAAUUCCCUAGGGAGCUGCCUGUUUUCAAGCCAAGUGUUCAUGAUAUGAUCCAGCUGGCUUACAGGGAUCAACUACCCACUUGUGAAUAAUGGUUAAAAACGAAUCCCACCUGGACGCUUUGACACUGGCAAUGCUCCAGAAUAAAACCAUCUCCAUCACCCUCCCAGUUGUGUAUACAGUGGUGGCUCUGGUCAGCAUUCCUGGCAACUUGUUCUCCCUUUGGGUGCUCUGUUGGCACAUCAAACCCAAAACACCUUCUGUUAUCUUCAUGAUCAACUUAAGCAUCACGGACCUUAUGCUGGCCAGCUGUUUCCCCUUCCAGAUUUCUUAUCACCUCCAAGGCAAUCACUGGAGAUUUGGCAAGACCCUUUGCAGCCUUGUGACAGUGAUGUUCUACUCCAACAUGUAUUCUUCUAUACUGACCAUGACCUUUAUCAGCAUGGAGCGGUACAUGGGUGUGGUACACCCCUUGAAGUUGAUCAAGUGGAGAAGAAAAAGAUAUGCCUUGGCUGCCUGCCUAGCCAUGUGGCUUGCCUUGCUACUAGCCUUCUACCCACUAGAAACUACAGACCUGACCUAUGAAGUGAAAGAAUUAGGAAUUAUAACCUGUUUUGAUAUCCUAAAAUGGGAUAUGCUGCCCACCUUUGCAGCUUGGGUAGCCUUUCUCCUCACUUUAUUUGUUGUGCUGUUCCUGAUCCCUUUUGUUGUAACAGUUGGAUGCUACAUUGGUAUCAUUAGAAAGCUAAUUCAGACAUCAAGCAGAUAUGGUAAUAGGCAAAAGACUAGAUCCAUAUACCUGGCGACAAUUGUCCUUCUGUCCUUCAUCACUUGCUUUGCCCCCAAUAAUUUUAUCCUGCUUGCACACAUGAUCAGCCGCCUAUUUUACGGCAGCAGUUUGUACCCUGCCUACAAGCUCACCUUGUGCAUCAGUUGCUUCAACAAUUGCAUAGAUCCCUUCAUUUAUUAUUUUGCAUCAAAAGAAUUUUACCAGAAAUUCAUGCAAAUGUUUCGCCCUAAGGUACUGCUCAGUGACAGUUUGGAAAACAGAAGGGAAAGUUUAUUCUCUGGCAGAACCAUGUCAGCCAGAUCGAUGUCAAGUGGACCUAUGGAUGGGUUAGAGGGAGUAAAGGUCAAUUUGCAAAGGCAGGAAAGUGUUUUCUAGCUUUAAAUAUUCCGAGAAGAAAGACACCUGUGAAACUCAUGAGUAGACACAGAAAACAUUUCCUUAUGAAUGGCCAUGCUCAAAGUACCUUGUUCCAGUGCCAGAACUCAAGCUGUACUUAAACUGCAUUUCAGAAUUUUCUGGUCAGAAAUGGAAGUACUAAAGGAACUGAAUUUAUUCAAGAAGGCACUGAAGCAAAUCAAACAGGGUUAGCCUAGAAAUACCCUUGCUGCAUAAGACCGAAGGACAGGUUUAGAACAGUUCCUCUCAGGUUGUAUGAUAGUUAACCAAAGACUUGUGAUUCUCAGUGAAUGUGAAAAGCUACUGUACAUGAAUUAGAGCACACACAAAAGCUGACUUGGGAGUAAGGGAAUUAUUUUUCUAAGCAACGUGCUAAGCUUUGUUUUCAUUUUUUGGUUUUUUUUAUUAUAUUUCUUUCUCUGUUGUUGUAUUUUUAUAAAAGAAAGAAUAAACGUAGCAUGGCAUUUUACCAUUAAUACAUAAUGCACAGCCACUGUGAAAUCACCACAACACUCACCCAACUGCUUAUCAGAGUCAAACCACACUGACACUUGAAAAGGUUAGGUUGACACAUAUUAUUUAUUUCAAUCUCAUACAGCAAAACAUCUCAUACAAUGAAAGGAAAGCUAAGAACGUAUAAGCAAAUACUUCUGUAUUUCUUGAAGUUAUUAAUUUCUCAGGACUGUGGGGAGCAGUUUAUUUAAGGAAAUAGACUUUCCCACAUUAACCUAUUACAGUACCAAUGCUGCUUGUAUGUGGUUAGUAUCAACUGGCCAUUUUCACCAAUUCACUGUAGGCUACACCUAGAAGAACCAUCCCCCUCAGCAGAACUGAGCUUUAAAUAGUGCCUGAGGAGUGACUUUUUCUUCCUUACAGAGAUGGUGUAGAUUAUGAACCAGAUUUUCAGCUGGAUAAAUGAAAAUUAAACCACAGACUGGAGAGUCAUUCUGUGCCAGCAGAAACCAGCUGAAAACUAUUCCUGAUGGCCAGAUGUCAGAAACGGACUUCUUUCAGGCAGGCAAGAAGAAAGAAGAAAAGAAAGAGGAAAAUAAAGCUUGAGAAUGCGAGCUGUACUAAACAUCCUGAAAAUAAGUUAUGGCAGGUGGGUUGAGCAGUCCUGUGUUUGGAGCCUUCCUCUGAAAUAUCUUUCUACAGCUUACAUGUUGUAAGUACAUAAUAGAGCCAUGUUUUAUUCUUCUCACAUCUCAACAACUGCCUGUGUGCUUGGAAAUACAACUGCUACAGAACCUGCACUGGGGACAGACAAAAGAUAAGUUUUUCCCGUAGUAUUUACAGCUUUUUACCUACAUUUGACACUCAUUGACAGAGGAGAGACACAAACCACCUAAGAAGACCAGACAAGUCCCCCACACAAGCAAGACAAAGCUACACCAUAUCCUUUUGCUGUGCUGCAAUUCCAUCCAACACUGAGGAGGAAGCUGUCUGCAGCAUUGUGGACAGUUGGUUCAGACAUCUCUUGCUGCACUGAUUCCUGAGCUCCUGUCCCUAAGUAAUAAGCAACACCUUAAAAGGCCCUUAAAAUUUGCUGCUUUUCUUUGGUUGUCUCAUGAUUAUAAAACAAUUUUCCAUCACUAAUCACUAUUAAUUUCUUCACAGUAGAGGGUGUGAAAACUACAAAACACACAGUGAGAUAUUUGAAUGUCCUAUCUUCUGCUAAAGUAUUGUCAGUUUUUGGAGUAGAAUAAAUGUGAGUGGACCUAGCACUACUGUUUACAAGCCAGUGUGAACAUUCAAUGCUUCAUGGCAUUUCACAGUGUUAGUUUUAAUUGAUUACACAUUUUCUGUGUACAGGGCCAUCUUUAGUGAUAUGUAACUCACCUAAACCCUCCAAUUAAUUUGCCUAGAAGCUAUCCUUCACUAUUCACUUUCAUAUGAUUCCAGCUUUCUCACUAUCACAAUUGUUUAAUUGUUUUCUGUAUUUUGUUGUGGCAGAAAAUUUUUUGAAAUUUAUACUGAAAUCUCUCUCCUUUUUCUUUUUUUUAACAUAGAAAUAUAUUUUACAUUGAAAGCCUUUUUUUCUCCUGCAUCUAAUGCAGACUUCAUUUUAUCUUGAACAUGGUCCUCAAGUGCAUAGUCCCUCCUAAAAUAUGCUGCAAAGUGCUUGAAAAAUAACUGACAUAAAAUAGAGCCAAAAGGGCAGAAGCCUUGCACUUUGGACAUCAACUGCUAUAUUUUGAAGAAUAGUGAAUUGCUCCUUUUUCAAGUGAGAAAAGGUGCUCACAACUGUGUGAAAAUGUUGAGAAUUAAGAGAAUAAAUUAUUAUUAAAAGAAGCCCAUCAUACUGUUCUUUGAUCCUGGAAAUAUAUCCUUAUGGAGCAUCAUAAGAAUAAUGGCUUCUACCCUCCUUGAUCAUGAGUGUAAGUUGACAUGUAUACAUAUAAAUAUAUACAUAUAAAUGUACACUGCAAUUUGUAAGGUUAUUGGGAAGUUCAUGUCCAUAUUACGUUCAGUUUGGGGAAUAUGGGCCCUGGGCAACUUGCUUACUUGUAAGCAUUACUAUGUAGUUAAUGAAAUUUUACUGAAAAGACAAGAAUGUGAAGGCUUCUGUUUGUUAUUGGGGUUGGGAGGGGAGUUUAUGUUUGGUUUUGUUUUUUUAAUUACUGUAUAGAAAUUUAACCUAUGAA